UCUAAAAUGAGAUGUGAAGUGAUUAAAAUUUCUAGUAUAUAAAGAAGGAAUAUGGAAAACAAUGACGAACCACCUACCGAUAAAAAAUCGGCUUCUAGAGCCAAAUCCAGUGGCGCUCCAUCCAGACGAAAUGCGCGAAGAAUGUUAAACGUCAAUGAAGCUGUGAAAUCUUUAGACUUGGCUCUGUGUAGUUUCAAAAAACGAACGGCUGUUCCCAAUUGCGGUCCGAAUAACUCUCAAUCAGGACCUCUCAGGCACUCCGUGACCGCAGUAGACAUGGAUGCCUUAGACUUCCCGUGCAGCACGCCGGGGAUGGAUAACGCCUCUCUCAUGUCUAUGAACUUCUCGCACUAUGAAUUAAUGCGCAAUUUGUCCCGUUCCAACAAUUCUGAAGGCGCCUUCAGCGAUACCACUAACAAGUUAGCGAAUCCUAUGGAUUUGAAAAUGAAACGUGAGCACUUGGAGCGUUACUUCCGCAGCGCCGAAAUGUGGAGCCACGCGCGUGACGCGCGCCCUAGCUACGAGUCCAGCAGCGGCAGCGUCAGUUUUGAUAUACCAGAGAAAUAGCAACCAUGCGAUUAUAUCUUUAAAUGUGACGUGUGUAAUGAAAUGAAACUUCCCAAUGAACGAUUAUGUAAAUUUCAAAAUUGUAUUUAAUUAAAGAAACUUUACAAUAAUAACAGAAUAA